ACAAGGAUGGUUAAUUUUGACUGUGCUAAAUUGUACCAUAAAAUAUCGGCCCUAGUUGGCAGCUAUUUGGACUUUUAUUUCUCCCGACCUCCCGUUUUUGAACUGUAGUCACUAAAUGAAGGGGUUGUGGCCUGAGGAGGCCCAUGCAUUCCUCCAAUUGGAUGGGGAGCGAGACCAGUGCCACUGGCGAUCUCGAGACUAGGAGGGAAUGUUGACCAAGGAGCACCGUUGCGGCCGAUCGGUUGGAGCAGGAACCCGAGCCCAAGCUGAGUCCGAAAAAAGCCGGAUCCGGACGGUGGCUCCGAAACGGCUGUAAGUGGAAGAUGGAGGAGUCGGAGGAACCGGCGGACGGUGGGCAGUCGCUGCCCCCAGUUUAUAUUUACAGUCCCGAGUAUGUUAGCAUGUGCGACUCCCUGGCCAAAGUCCCCAAACGGGCCAGUAUGGUACAUUCCUUGAUUGAAGCAUAUGCACUGCAUAAGCAAAUGAGGAUAGUUAAGCCCAAAGUGGCCUCCAUGGAGGAGAUGGCCACCUUCCAUACUGAUGCCUAUCUGCAGCAUCUCCAGAAGGUCAGCCAAGAUGGAGAUGAUGAUCAUCCAGACUCCAUAGAAUAUGGACUAGGUUAUGACUGCCCAGCCACUGAAGGAAUAUUCGACUAUGCAGCAGCUGUAGGAGGGGCUACAAUCACAGCUGCCCAGUGCCUAAUUGAUGGAAUGUGCAAAGUAGCAAUCAACUGGUCUGGAGGGUGGCAUCAUGCAAAGAAAGAUGAAGCAUCUGGUUUUUGUUAUCUCAAUGAUGCUGUCCUGGGAAUAUUACGAUUGCGACGGAAAUUUGACCGUAUUCUCUAUGUGGAUUUGGAUCUGCACCAUGGAGAUGGUGUAGAAGAUGCCUUCAGUUUCACCUCCAAAGUCAUGACGGUGUCCCUGCACAAAUUCUCCCCAGGAUUUUUCCCAGGAACAGGUGACGUGUCUGAUGUUGGCCUAGGGAAGGGACGGUACUACAGUGUAAAUGUGCCCAUUCAGGAUGGCAUACAGGAUGAGAAGUAUUACCACAUCUGUGAAAGGCUCUGUCCUGUCCUUGAGAUGUGCAGAUCAGAGUUGCUGACGUAACUUUGCCAAUGAUGUCCUGUGGUUCUGUGUAAAAGAAGAAUUAUUUUGUUUUUCUUUGAAUUCUCUUAUUGACAGUAUCCAACAUUUUGUUGCCCUUUUUUUUGCCAUAGCAGGAAACUAGAUUGUUCUCUUCAGUACUCUGUCCACAGGGUUUCCUAGUGCUUUUUCCUGGGCCUUAAUUGAAAGGUCAGCACCCAUCAUCCUGCAAGUGUAGCUUGUAAUCUCUGGCCCUCCCUAAAUGGAUUACCUUACAUGUGCCCCUAUUGAAGCUCAUCUGUCAGUCAUGAAACCUCCUGAAGUCUUCCUUUCUUCCCCAUCAACUUGUCAUUUCACUGCCUGGAAAAGCUGAGUAUCAUCUGCAGACUUGAGGAUUUCCCAGCGCCCACCCCCAAACAAGUCUUCAGUCAAAAAAAUGUCUGUUUCUCCCCUAUUUCUGUCUAAACCAGUUCUUCCUACAUGAUUUUUAAAAAUUGUUAUCCCACAGUAAUUCAUGUUUAAAAAUAGCCUUGGUAUCAAACUUAAUUAAAUGUUUUAAAAGUGGAUUUAGCCUGGAGGAAAAGAUCCAUGGAGGAUCACACAUGAUUACCAUAUUGCCACCUCUACCCCAGAGUAUACAGGAAGCCAGCAUUUAUUAAAGAUUCUUCUAGCUUGUGUACCAGAGUACAAGACACUCAUUAGUUUAUAGCUCCCAGGGCCCCUUUUGCCGUUGCAGCUCCACCAGCAAACUGUACAGAGAUCACCUAGAAUCAAAACCCAGGCUCCAGGUUUUGAUUAGAGAGACAGUCAUUUUUCCCUUUGAUUUCUUUCAGAAGUCAAGUGUGGUCGGGGCAUUAUGUGAAGGCACCUCUGAUCCCAAGGGUGCCAAGAACGCUUCCUGACCCAAACAUCUGUCCCAACUGUUGGACUAAUAGCUGAUGAAAUUCCUUUAACAGGAAACAUACUUUUGUUCUACAAUGAGAAAUAGGCCUUAAAUGGAAUUCUGGCCCAAUCUCUCCUCCUCACCCACACUCUGCCAUUUCAUAAUAGCAGAUUUUGAAAGGGUUAGAGCAUGAGCACCCUGAGCAUUCAGAGGAGAAGUAGCGGGAAGGGGGCACAAUCAAUCUUUGCCAACUAGUUUUGCAGAGGGUCAGCUCUAGUAACAGUAUCACUUAGUCUCAGUCAUUAUGCUUUUGAUUACUUCUAGUUUGUUGCUUAGAAUCAGAGCAUCUUGUUCAUUUACCACUAUGACAUCUGGUUCAUCUGCCUACCUCAAAAGACAGAGUAGACAGGAAUAGCUUACCCAUGUAAAAAAGUCAUUCAGUUCAUCUUCAGUCUCUUUCAUCCUUUUUGUUCCAUGAGCCGACUGGUUUUCUGACUCCUUACCUGUGAGAAAUAAAGGACCUCUUAUUGCUGGUUCACUUAUAAGACGCUCUAAUUUUAGUUUGCCACUGGUUUGCUUCUGAACUAUCUAUCUUUCCAUAUUGAAUUUAGGAGCCCUUUUUCCUUCCUUUCCUUCCUUCUUUUCCUUAUGGCUUUUUCCUCUGCUGUAGCCUUUUUUUGACUUUAACAGCUAGGCAGGAACUUAAUGGUUUCAUCUUAAGGUUAAACAUACCCUCUUUAUUUUUUUAAAAAAUUAUCUUAGGGAUUCUUUCUUGAUAGAUCAGAUAUGGAAUCUUUACAUGAAGAUUUUCAACACCAGAAGUUCCAUUUUAUGAAAAAGACAAUUUCACAGUGAGCGCUCCCUAGGUCAUUCAAUGCUAAUUUAGAAGGGCAAGGGUCACCACUCCCCAAAGCCUCCCAUAAUUCAUAUACAGGCAAAGUUUGAUGGGAUAGGAAAGCUGUUUUGCCAAAGAGACCAUUUCCUAAUUACCAAGCUCUGUCAUCUGAAAACUACCUUUCUGCCUUUAUUUAAUGUUUGCUCUCUAGUUGUAUUUGAAUGCAAUGUGAGAUAGUCUUAAUAAUGUUUAAACUAUUACCCAAAAGGCUGUGUUGAUGACUUUUGGGAACAUCUAUAGUUAAGGAAUUUUAAAAAAGGACAAAUAACCAAGUACUUCCUUGCAGCUGAUUCAAGAGAGGUACUGCUCUGAAACCUUAAAUCUUGCAGGAUGACCAAACUGUUUGCCCACUGUGAACUGUCAUGACAUACGCAUAAUCUGAAGAAGAAUUUUAGAGUUGUGUUCAAACUUCUUAGUUUUUACCCUACCUAUCAUUUUACAGCCCUAACAUCCAGAAAGCAUUCUUUACUAAACAUCCACUUACUAGGAUAUAUCUCAUAGAAAGGUUAUGUAUAUGGUGCCUUCCUAUAUAUAUAUAAUGUGUAUGAUACAAAGCAUACUGAAGUUGACACACUUUGGGGAGAAAAUCACCUUUUAUUAAGAAUAUUUGACUAUUCAACUUUGUAAAAUAAUUAAUUAGAGACACUGCAUAAAUAUUUCGCCAAAAGGAAAACACAUUGUUAUACAGACUUCUCAAUGACUAGGACUUAUGAAAGGCCCUAUUAAGCAGGGCUUUUCAAUCAAUAGCAGUCUUUAUAUCCACAUAUGCAAUACUUUGCUAGUAAGAGCGAUCAGCCUGAUCAAAGAAAUAACCUUAUUCUAGUGAACUAGGGUUCACAGUAGUAAUUAUUAAAAUAAAAAUCUUCCUGUAUUUGGCCUGUUUACCUUGAAUCCUAUGGUUUAUCUGCUGUAACCCAAAAUUAAAAGAAACCUUUUUUCCUCCAUCAAAGAGCACUGACCUAAAGAAACAUUCAGAGAUUCCAGAAGUUUAAAAAAGCAGCAGCAACAACAACAAAAUUUUUGCCCCUUCUUUUUUGAGAAAAAUAUUAUACUUUUCUAUUCGAAAUAAUUUUUUUAUUGCUCUUCAAACUGGUUUUUACAAACAUUAAUUCUACUAUGCUUGGGAUAACCAGGAUAGCCUACCUGGAAAGAACUUGAUCUCUAGGACCACAGCAACCUCAUUGAAGGAAUAGCUCACUUAAACUCAAGCUUUUAUUUCUGUGGGGAAUUCCUUCAUCCAUCUACACUGAGCUCCACUGCUAUUCAAUGAGGAAGAGAAAAAAAUCAUAUAGUGACUCUGCAGUUUAUAUUUAUUGUAUGAGAAUUUUCCUUAGACCCUGACAUGGCCUCUGAAAUAUAAGUCAGGAUUGUUUUAAUCACAAGAAUUCAUUCCUAUAGGUCUGGAGCCAUAAUUCACCUCUCUGAAGCCACUCUGACCUUCCUACAAAAGAACUGAUUGCCUUAAGUCACCUUAUAGAAUUUUUAAGACAUUAAUUAACAAGAAUGAAAAGGGAACUGCCAAUGCAAUAACUUAAGGGAUUUGCUUAUAUUUUAGUAUAAUGAUGAGCUUUCAUUGUGGCUCAGACAGUAAAGAGUCUGACUGUAAUGCAGGAGACCCAGGUUCGAUCCCUAGGUCGGGAAUAUCCCCUGGAGAAAGAAAUGGCAACCCACUCCAAUACU